AAAGCUGUAGUAGCCAUAGUAACAUGAAACAGCGCUAACACAGACAGAUACUACCGCUGCGACCAGGUACAUGAAAUUCUUUGUCAUCUUAGACAUGCCAGUUGACAAGUGUUAACUGGAAAAAAAACGUAGACAGAAAUGCUUUCCACGACUGUUCAGAUGACGAAAAGUCCUUUAAGGCAGGGAACUAAAGCGGUCAAACACGCAGUCCGUGACAAUGAUGAGCAAACUAAGCGUGUCUCUUCGAAACUCAUGGAAAUCAGACGUGUGAUAGAACUUCUGGAGGAUCCAUUUGCAGGAACUUUGAAAGAGAGGCAACUUUUCCUUCUGAAGAAACUGUCAAAGAGGUGGAAGUAUGGUGUUUUUUUGAAAGACCUUGCUGGCAUUUUCCAAAUCCUCAACAUAUGUGCACUCAAGGGUCAUCCCCAGUUCACUCAGGUGAUGUGCGACCUGCUCCAGAUAUGCCGGCUUCCUUUCUUGAAAGAAAAGUCCUCGGACGAGUUAAAUUAUGCAACGACUGUUAAAGAAUGUUUCUCUCAGCUGGGUUACCUGAUGAGGGUUCCCAGCACUGAAGUAAGGAUACAGAUCUGUGAUUCCAUCAUAUCCUUCUACAGUCCCCCUCCUAAUACCAACUAUCCAGAUGGGCGCACUGGAGGGUUCUGGCCCACCAGCCCCAGGUUCAAAGCUCAGAUGGUGGAGCGCAGUGGGCUGGCGGAGACCUUGGUGCUCUCCAUGGCGCUGCUGGAGCAGCAGCUGGAGGUGAAGCUGAGGCUCCUGCAGGCUCUUCAGCUGCUUUCCAGCUCUUCAGAGGUGAACUGUGACCUGAUCUUGAAGGCGCAGGGGGCCAGGAUGCUCUGCACCAGGAUGCUAGAACCGGAUCCGUCGGGACAGCUGCUGUUCUGCUCCUCUGAAGUGCUGUGGAACCUACUGGAGAAAGGCUGUGCAGAAGAGCUCAGCUCCCAGCUGAGCGAGAUGGACUGCAUCCUGUGUUUAAAAGAAGCUUUUCUCAGCCUGCUUUUGAGUGGAUAUCGGCAGUACGAGCUGCAGCUCAGAAACGACCUUCUGGUGAUUAUCUCUCUCAUAGCAGAAAAUCCCACCGCACCGCUGAUCGAGAGUGGGUUAGCUAAGCAACUCAUCCUGUUUCUCACAUUCCCCGAAAUUAAAACCCAGAAUCCACUUCUUCAUAGCUUCAAGCUAUCUUUAAACAAUGAGGAUUUUGAGAUGAAGAAACUUUUCUUCAAUUUGAUUUUUGUAAUGUCAAGGGAUCUUUCUGCUUUGCAGCUGUUCAAAGAUGGCCGGGUUCUGUUGGCUCUGCUGCAUCAUGCCAACCCUAACAGGAAGGUGGAGCGACACGACUGGUCCUCCAUCCAGCAGGAGGAGCUGCAGCUGCAAGCCCUGGCCACACUGGCGUCCGUGGCGCCGCUGCUGGUGGACGAGUACAUGACUUGCCAGGGGAACACACGCCUGCUGCUGCUGUUGGAGUGGUGCACAGAGACAGAUGCCUGCUUUGGACAGGGGUACAGCUGCCAUGAUGCCGGGGGCCGAGGCAGGAGAAAGGCCCACAUGCGCUAUUGCGUACGUCUGCUGAGAGCCAUGGCCGCUCUGGCCAAUGAGCAGCUCAACCAGGACCUGUGUGACCAGGGGGCCAUCGGGCAGCUGCUCGGAAUCAUGGCUAGUUUUGAGAAAGAAGGUGGGGAGGACGACCCCGUGAUGGUGGAGAUCAAAACUGACAUCCUGCUAACGCUGUCGGCGCUGUGCGAGGAGGACCUCCACAGGAAGGAGCUGUUCGGGCUUGACGGAGUAGAAAUAGUGGUACGUUUUCUCAAGUUGAGCACGGCGAACUUCUACAGUGGCCUCGGGCAUAACAAGCUGAUUCUUUCCACUGUGGACUCUGUCUGGUCCUGUAUUGUUGGGUGCUACAUGACUGAAGAUCUGUUUUUGGAAAAGGAAGGAGUUUUGCUUCUGCUUGAUCUACUUCAGUCCUGCCCUCAGUGCAUGCAAAAUGAGGUGCUUGGGACCCUGCUAGAGCUGUGUGACAACCCAAAAACUCUGCCAUACAUGAGUGCCUGGAGGGGGGGCCAGGAGGGCCAGACCACGGCGGCGCUCCUCACCCACCUCUGGAGGGAGGAGGAAAGAGAGCUGGGCGUAAGGCGCCACCCCUCUGGAAUGAUCGCAGACGUCAAGAAACCCAUCCUGUCUGCCUACCAGGAAGAUGCUUCAGCUGAGCCAUUGCCUGCAGACCGACCCAGUGCCUCUGUGAUGGAUGUGACAGAGAACCUCCGUUCCAAGAUUUAUUCCAUAUUCUGUCAUCUUGGUUUCGAAAGUCUGCCCGGAUUGACAACUGAGGACUACGUCACCCUUGUGAUUAUAAGGAGAUACCUGGAUUUUAAGGUGGGGGAGGUGUGGGAGGAGAUCACCAGGAGGCUGGAGCUUGAGGGGGUGAGGCCCGUUUCUCCAGAUGAGGUGGCCCUGCAGGCCGUUGCAGAGGCGGCAGAGAAUGUGGCCCAGGUGGCAGCCUCACAACAGGCAGAGCUGCUGGAGCUUCAGCAAAAGAAGGACAUGGAUGAGGAACAGCUCAUGUACUCAGAGAUACGAUCUAACCACAAGCAGGAAGAGCUGAUCACAAAAUCUUGGGAGCAUUUCGUAGCUAAGACAUCCGACUAUAAGAUUUUGCUGGAGUCCAAAAAAUAUCAGGAAAACUGUAUAGAGUCAUCCAAAGUGAAGACUGAAGAUGAUGGAUCUGUUUUUCACCCCACCCGCAUCUCUGGUUUAUAUGUCACAAAUUUCUGUGGCCGUGUGGUGACAGUGGAGAGCACCCCCACGCAUCUGACUGGAGGAGCGCUGGCCCACACAGAGCUGGCCCUGGAGAGGGUCCCUAUCCAAGGGGGAGCCCCACAGAAACUCCCCAUAGCAUCUCAGAACCAGGAAAUACUCCACCAGAGCCAAAUGCCAGUCAAAUAAAAAGCUACUGUCACCUUUA